UCAUGUAACUAUGUGUUCUAACCAUAUAGGAGCAACUUCAGGAAUACAAGUCUGGUUGUGACCUGGAGGAAGGUUGGGUCCUUAUGUGUAAGCAUGCAGAUAGUGGGGACAGGCUGGUACCAGUGGAAUCUAUGGAGAGGAUUCAGAGGCAGCAACAGCUCUUUGGGAUGGAUUUUAAACCAGUAAUCAGAUGGGAACAGGUGGUGGAUUUAACAUAUUCCUUGCAUCUUGGAGCAAAGCCAAAAAUCAUGGAGCCAGAUGUGGCUGCAGUAGAGAGACUUCGGUUUGUGCCACCCACAUGGAGCUAUGAAUGUGAUGAAGAUCUGGUACAUUUCCUUUAUGACCACAUUGGCAAGGAGGAUGAGAAUCUGGGUAGUAUCAAGCAAUAUGUGGACAGCAUCGAUGUCUCCUCUUACACGGAAGAAUUCAAUGUUUCAUACUUGACCGACAACCACGAAGACACCUACUGGGAGAGUGAUGGAUCCCAAGGCCAACACUGGGUCCGUCUCAACAUGAAGAAAGGAACCAUAAUAAAGAAACUCUUUCUGAGCGUGGAUACAACAGAUGAAAAUUUCAUGCCAAAAAGGGUGGCUGUGUAUGGCGGUGAGGGUGAUAACCUGAAGAAACUGAGUGAUGUCGGCAUUGAUGAGAGCUACAUUGGGGAUGUAUGUGUGCUGGAAGACAUGACAACUCACUUGCCAGUCAUUGAAGUCCGCAUUUUGGAAUGCAGAGAUGAUGGGAUUGAUGUCCGACUCCGGGGCAUAAAAAUCAAAUCUUCUCGGCAACGUGAAUUGGGGCUCAAUGCAGACAUGUUUCAACCAGCCAACCUAGUGAGGUAUCCACGACUGGAAGGGAGAGAUCCUGAUGUGCUUUAUUGGCGUGCUGUGAUCCUGCAGAGGUUUAUCAAGAUCUUGGACAGUGUGCUUCAUCACCUUGUACCAGCCUGGGACUACACACUCAGCACCUUCAAUGAACUAAAGCAUAUCAAACAGUUUCUGUUGCUGUCCAAGCGACGCACAAUGCUAAUCAGCCAGUGCCUCAAGGACUCUGAAACCAGCAAGCCCAACUUCAUGCCACGUCUCUACAUCAACCGGCGCCUAGCUAUGGAACAUCGCGACAAUCCUGCCCUUGACCCUACCUGUAAAAACACUGUCUUCACCCAGGUAUAUGAAGGCCUGAAACCUUCUGACAAGUAUGAGAAGCCACUGGAUUAUAGGUGGCCAUUGCGGUAUGAUCAAUGGUGGGAAUGUAAAUUCAUUGCUGAGGGCAUCAUUGAUCAGGGUGGUGGUUUCCGGGACAGCAUUGCUGAUAUGUCUGAAGAGUUGUGUCCUAGUUCAUCUGAGACGCCCAUCCCACUGCCAUUUUUUGUCCGCACAUCCAAUCAGGGCAGUGGAACUGGAGAGGCCCGAGAUAUGUAUGUCCCAAACCCAUCCUGCAAGGAAUUCCUCAAAUAUGAGUGGAUUGGGCAAAUAAUGGGUGCAGCUCUUCGUGGCAAAGAAUUUCUGGUCCUUGCCUUGCCCGGCUUUGUUUGGAAGCAACUGACAGGUGAAGAAGUGAGUUGGAAUAAGGAUUUCCCUGCUAUUGACUCAAUGCUUGUAAAACUUCUGGAGAUGAUGGAAGGAAUGGACAAGGAGACCUUUGAAUUCAAGUUUGGGAAUGAAUUGACCUAUACCACCGUACUGAGUGACCAGCGCAUGGUGGAACUUAUUCCUGGUGGCAUUCGCACUGUAGUACACCAUGAAAACCGGCUAGAGUUCAUCCAUCUGGUACAGAAAGCACGGCUGAAUGAGAGUAAGGAACAGAUUGCAGCCAUGCAGGCUGGACUUCUGAAGGUAGUUCCUCAGGCUGUCUUGGACCUACUCACUUGGCAGGAACUGGAGAAGAAGGUCUGUGGUGACCCUGAAGUUACAGUUGAGGCCUUGAAGAAGCUCACUCGCUUUGAAGAUUUUGAACCAUCAGACACCAGAAUUCAGUACUUUUGGGAGGCCUUGAACAACUUUACUAAUGAGGAUCGUAGUCGCUUUCUGAGAUUUGUUACGGGGAGAAGCAGACUUCCAGCUCGAAUUUACAUCUAUCCUGAUAAAUUAGGCUCGGAGACCACUGAUGCCCUCCCUGAAUCAUCCACUUGCUCCAGCACGCUCUUUUUGCCCAACUAUGUCUCUGCCAAAGUUUGUGAAGAAAAAUUGCGUUAUGCCGCUUAUAAUUGUGUGGCCAUUGAUACCGACAUGAGUCCAUGGGAAGACUGAAACCUGGAAGGAUGCUGGUUUUGCUGAUGGUGGUCUGAUUUUUGUCCUUGCUACCUGGAACAAGCUCUUGCACUCUGUUUAUCCUGACCCACCUUCCACAUAGUGUAUAUGGGUGUACAUAUCUAGAAAAUAAAAUAUCAAAUGUGAA